CGUACAUUCUUAAUUGGUACAAAACCCUCUUCUCAGAGAAUCUCAUAUUAUUUGCUCCUCUAACGAGUCCGCUCAUUAAUCCAAAAGCGGAAGGAUGGCGAUGCUUCCGAUUUUACAUCCAAGGCCUCAGCAAGGCGAAUCUUGCAAUAAAAUUUACAGUUGUAUUCCAAACAGAAAAUAAAACUAUAGAGGAAUGGAGCUACAGUACUCCAACUAACGAUUGGGUAUUUAUUCAACUGCCAAUUCCAGAAAAGGAUGAGAGUUUACAGAUAAAGGUAAAAGAACAAAAAUCUCUAUAUAACUUUAACCGAAGGCUACAUAUUUCUCAGAUUAGUUAUUUGAAGGAACAAUGCCUGAAGAUUCCAGUACAUCAAGAAUGUCAAGGAUACCAAAUUCUCAAUUAUUCAGAUCGUAGACAAGACGUCAUUGCAGAGGAGGAGAUAUUCCAAGGUUGUGACGACCAUCUUUCCACCACCGAAUGGUACCGAGUGGUCGGUUAUGCUGGAAAUCAGUUGGCAAGAUCGUGUAUAAAAAGAAAAUGGUCCUGCUCUGCUGAAUAUAUGGGGUGGAUCAAUGGCCAACUUCCUUCAGUAGAGGAAGGGGUAGUUGAACGUCAACUCUGUUUUGCGACAGGAGACACGUGCUGUACUAAGGAAACUGUCGUAAGGAUAAGAAACUGCAAGGAAUAUUUCGUCUAUCAGUUUCCGRGAAAGGUUCCAUCUUGUCCAUCAAAGUACUGUACUUUAUAUAGACAAAAAUGUGAAGAUAAUGCCAUUGGUGUAUCAAACAACAGUAUUAUACCAGAUACCAGUUUGACAGCAACUUCAUAUCAUGAUAACAGAUAUCAACCCCACCAUGCGAGAAUUGAUUACAGUGGAUAUGGAUGGGCACCAAAGACUACUAGUAACUCGAGUGACUAUCUACAGAUAGACUUAGGUGCAGUGUUUACCAUAUGUGCUGUAGCUACACAAGGUUGCGGACACCAAAAUGAAGAGUGGACAACCGAAUACAAGAUAGCAACAUCUAUUGACAAUAAAAACUGGACUCUUUAUCAAAGUGGUGGUAAAGUGAAGAUAUUUCCCGGUAACAAAGACACAAAAAGUAUCGUCAAGAAUACAUUAGACGAUACUCGAAGUCUUGCCAGGCUCAUAAGAUUCAUACCAACGAAAUACCACAAUUUCAAAGUACUACGUGUAGAAGUGUAUAGAUAUAUCAAAGAAAGCAUUAUUAAAAACGAAUGGAAAGGCUGGGUGAAAAGACGUGAUGAGAAAGUGCAGUGGAACGUACUUGAUGAAAGUUCUUAUGAAAAGGUUGCAAAUGCCAUAAAAUCAAAAGGUGGCAGCUUAACCCAGGAUUAUGAGUCAGACAUUGGUUUCUCGCUUGGCCAUAAAAACUACUCUGUCAAUAUCAAGAUGAGCCACAUGCUGCACCAAUUAACCUUGUGUCUUUGGAUGUCAAUCAAAAUCAUGAUCUCAUCACCAAUCAAACUUAAUGUCGAUUAUAUGAAAGUCGAAAAAACGAAGGAUGUUGGCAUUAAUAUUGCGUUUGUUAAGAUUGAUGCUGUUACRAGAAAUGGAAACAAUAAAUGGAGACACGUUUGUGUCACAUGGAUGUUCAUUUUUGGGGUGUGGCAGACGUACAUCGACGGUGCUGCAAUGCAUCAUGGAAUGGGAGUGUUGGACAAAGAAGAACUGUAUAGUGGUAACAAAAUAUCGGUCACUUUUGAUUCCCAAGAUCAGAAAACCGAGGUUAAAUACAGUAGACUAAACAUAUGGAGUAAAGUGUUGUCUGAGCAAUAUAUACUCUAUAUGUCGUACGAAUGUGGAACAGAGACUGGAGACCUAUUACGAUGGAACGACUUCUUGAAUAAUAUUCCUCUUAAUAAAUCUAGUGAUAUUCAGAUUUACAAAUCAACUUGUGGAGGAAAGGAAGGAUCUGUUCAGAGCGUAAUUAGUCCAUUGCUUCCUGAGACACCAAGCUUGGCAACGAUAGAGAGCCCGCGAUACGAGAGGUCAUCUAGUUCCUCUCUCAGAUGCUUAAAGUUUAAGUAUAAGAUCUGGGGAUCUGGAGCGAGAUCGUUGAAGAUAUAUCAAGAACUGGAUGACAAUGAACACACUAAGAGACCCAUAUGGAUGGUCAAAGACAGUGAAGACAGUAGAUGGAGGGAUGGACAAGUACCAAUAGUAGCAGUAUCRGCAUAUAAGCUUGUUAUCGAGGGAGAAAUGACAAAUAGAUCAGGAUUACUGUCUAUAGGAGCUUUGCACACUCCUGAGAAAACGGGUAAAUGCUUCAUGAAUCCAAUAUCAGCGAGAGAAGGAUUUGAAAUUGUAAACAUGAGUUCCUCAUCCAGUAGUACUUCUAAUAUCAGUGAUAUGUCAAGUGAAGAUUUGGACGAGUUUUUGGCCGAAGAAUUGGAGGAGUCGUUUGAUUUUCAGGGAUAUCAAUUCCAGCCAAUUCGUCGUCAUUCAUUAAGUGAGGAAGAAGAUUCGGAUAGCAACUCUUCCAGUUCUUCAAUUGAGGCUGUGAAUCUCCGACUACAGAAUUUAGAUUGGUGUACGUGCGAGCAUUGCCAAUUAAUGGAUCGAGAUGUUGAGUGUAUUUGUUGUCAUGAAGUACCUCAAACAAUAAGCAAAAACCAGCAAGUUUUCGAAGAGGAAAAUCUUAGCGAGCCAAUUUCUUGUAUUACCAAUAAUCCUGGUUUCAAGGCAGUCUGUUUAAAUCGAUGGGUACUGCGGGAAGCUGCAUGGUUUCAGUAUUGA